AUGUGCGUGGAGGGUUCCCCUCCCCUACUGCCCAUCCGCUUCUGGCUGAUCGGGGUAUGCGGGUGCGCGUUGGCGUUAUUUGGGCUGAUGGCCAACGCCAUGCUGGCCGCCCUCUUCCUGACGCGCAGCCAUUAUAGGCAUUCCCCCUUCUUCUUCCUCGGGUUCGUCGCGUUUUUCGACACGCUGUUGGACGCGACAUAUGUCAUUUUAUUGGCGGUCCCCGUCGAGGCGCAAUACUACCAAAACUUGGGCCUCUACCUCUUGUGGCUACAGUAUAUGCCCGUCAUCUACGUGCUCGGGCAAAUCUUUAAAGUAUCAUCCGUGCUUUGCCUCGUCGUGGCGUCGAUCGAAAGAUACUGCCUAACGAAACAUUGGACAUUCACCGGUUUUGAGAGCCGGACCCGGUGGAUUGUGCUGGCGAUCGCGCUAAUUUCGGCAGUUUCGCUGAAAGUUAUCACAUCGCAAGUCGAGAUCCAGGAGUACAUCCACUGCACAGGGUUCGAGCGAUAUCAGAUCGGAACAUUCCGCUCGGGGGCAGUGAUGGGCGUUGUGAACGGCCUGGUGUUGGCCGUCCCGUUUUUGACGCUGGUUUUUCUGAACGGCGGCAUUGUGCUGAUGCUGCGGAAGCAGAACGUACAGCAACUCCGCUCCCUGAUCACCCAGCUGACGAUGGGCAGCGACGUGAUGAAGAUACGCCGCAAAAACAUCCGGGCGGCCACGCACACGCUGCUGGUGAUCAUUAGCGCAUACUUGCUCUCGAACUUCUUGAACUUGUGCUUGACCGUGGUGGAGUACAUCGAUCCAGAUUUCCUCCACAUUCAGCACCCGUUAAUCUACCAGCUGGCCGCCGACAGUUCGAGUCUUCUCACAGUGGUCGGGAACGCGAUACGAUUCCCCGCGCAUUUCCUGUCGAAUAAGGAGAUCCGGCAGCAGUUUGCGCUCAUGAUUUUCGGGGAACCGCGCGAGAAGGCCUAUCAAGAAUAUACCGUGAAAGAAGCGGCACGACGGCGCUCCUCCGUCCAGGACAGCCCCUGGAUUUCACUUCUGCUGUCGGCCACCCAGAAUAAAGUCCACGAAGGCGAUCCGCACCAAGCCCUCCUCUCUUCACGGCAUCUCAUCAAGCGCCAUUCAGCCAUUGCCAUUUGU